GUGCGAGAUAGUCAGAGCCAGGGCCGGGGAGAUAGGCGAGAGCGGGACGCGGGUCCGCAGCCGGAGGAGCAGGGGAGGAGGGACGAGGGCGGAGGGAGAGGCGGGGAGGCGGCUCUUCCUGGUUGGGCCCUGACCCGAGCUGCUACCCGGGAAGCCAGCCGCGGGGACCUCCGUGACGCCCCGGCCUCCCCCCAGGAUGGCGGAGGAGCUCAUCACCCCCGUGUACUGCACCGGGGUGUCAGCCCAAGUGCAGAAGCAACGGGCCAAGGACCUGGGCCUGGGGCGCCAUGAGAAUGCCAUCAAGUACAUGGGCCAGGAUUUCGAGCAGCUCCGGCUGCGGUGCCUGCAGAGCGGGACCCUCUUCCGAGAUGAGGCCUUUCCCCCAGUGCCCCAGAGCCUGGGCUACAAAGAGCUGGGUCCCAACUCCUCCAAAACCUAUGGCAUCAAGUGGAAGCGCCCCAUGGAGCUGGUGUCAAGCCCCCAGUUCAUCGUGGACGGAGCCACACGCACAGACAUCUGCCAGGGAGCACUAGGGGACUGCUGGCUCCUGGCUGCCAUCGCUUCCCUCACUCUGAACGACACUCUUCUGCACCGAGUGGUUCCCCAUGGCCAGAGCUUCCAGAAUGGUUACGCUGGCAUCUUCCACUUCCAGCUGUGGCAGUUUGGGGAAUGGGUGGACGUGAUCGUGGACGACCUGCUGCCUACCAAGGACGGGAAGCUGGUGUUCGUGCACUCUGCCGAAGGCAGUGAGUUCUGGAGUGCCCUGCUGGAGAAGGCCUACGCCAAGGUAAACGGCAGCUACGAGGCCCUGUCAGGAGGCAGCACCUCAGAGGGCUUUGAGGACUUCACAGGCGGAGUCACCGAGUGGUACGAGCUGCGUAAGGCGCCCAGUGACCUCUACCAAAUCAUCCUCAAGGCUCUGGAGCGGGGCUCCCUGCUGGGCUGCUCCAUCGACAUCUCCAGCGUCCUGGACAUGGAGGCAGUCACCUUCAAGAAGUUGGUGAAAGGCCAUGCAUACUCCGUGACCGGGGCCAAGCAGGUGAACUACCAGGGCCAGAUGGUGAACCUGAUCCGGAUGCGGAAUCCCUGGGGCGAAGUGGAGUGGACUGGAGCCUGGAGUGACAACUCUUCCGAGUGGACUCAAGUCGACCCGCACACACGGGAGCAGCUGCGGGUGAAGAUGGAAGAUGGGGAGUUCUGGAUGUCCUUCCGGGACUUCAUGCGCGAGUUCACCCGCCUGGAGAUCUGCAACCUGACGCCCGACGCACUCAAGAGCCGGACCCUGCGCAACUGGAACACCGUGUUAUACGAGGGCACCUGGAGGCGCGGGAGCACCGCUGGCGGCUGCCGCAACUACCCAGCCACCUUCUGGGUGAACCCCCAGUUCAAGAUCCAGUUGGAGGAAGUGGACGACGAAGAUGACUGUGGGAGCCGGGAGUCUGGCUGCAGCUUUGUGCUUGCUCUCAUGCAGAAGCACCGCCGGCGGGAGCGCCGUUUCGGUCGGGACAUGGAGACUAUAGGCUUCGCGGUGUACGAGCUCCCUCGGGAGUUGAGGGGCCAGCCAGCCGUGCACCUGAAGCGUGACUUCUUCCUGUCUAACGCAUCCCGAGCUCGCUCGGAACAGUUCAUCAACCUGCGGGAGGUCAGCACCCGCUUCCGCCUGCCACCCGGGGAGUACGUGGUGGUGCCAUCCACCUUCGAGCCCAACAAGGAGGGCGACUUCGUGCUUCGAUUCUUCUCGGAGAAGAGUGCUGGGACCCAACUCUGCAGGGAGCUGGAUGACCAGAUCCAGGCCAACCUCCCAGAUGAGAAAGUGCUUUCAGAAGAGGAGAUUGAUGAGAACUUCAAGGCCCUCUUCAGGCAGCUGGCUGGGGAGGACCUGGAGAUCAGCGUCAGGGAGCUGCAGACCAUCCUGAACAGAAUCAUCAGCAAACACAAAGACCUGCGGACCAAGGGCUUCAGUCGGGAGUCCUGCCGCAGCAUGGUGAACCUCAUGGAUCGUGACGGCAAUGGGAAGCUGGGCCUGGUGGAGUUCAACAUCCUGUGGAACCGCAUCCGGAAUUACCUGACCAUCUUCCGGAAGUUUGACCUGGACAAGUCAGGCAGCAUGAGUGCCUACGAGAUGCGGAUGGCCAUCGAAUCUGCAGGCUUCAAGCUCAAUAAGAAGCUGUACGAGCUCAUUAUCACCCGGUACUCUGAGCCUGACCUGGCCGUGGACUUCGACAACUUCGUGUGCUGCCUGGUGCGGCUGGAAACCAUGUUCCGGUUUUUCAAAACUCUGGAUACGGAUCUGGAUGGAGUGGUCACCUUCGACCUGUUUAAGUGGUUACAACUGACCAUGUUCGCAUGAGGUGGGGCCUCGGUGCCCACUGCUGCUCCCCUCCUUCCCUCGUCUUGCUGCCAGGCCACGCCAGGCCACGCCAGCUGCAAGUGCCUCUCUCGGAGCGGGAAGGCGCCUCGUCCUCCUGUCCCUUCCCCCAGCCACCACUGUUCACCACUCUGGGCCAAGCUGUGUGGCCCCUUCCUGUCUCCAGCUGUGGGCUCAGGAUGGACUCCCUUGUCCCACCUCCCAUCACCAAGCCAGAAAGGCAGCUUUGCCCUGACUCCUGCCUCAGGGUGGGGAGCAGCACCCCCAUGCCAGCAUCCUGAUGUGCCCCUCCCCUCACUGCAGAGGUCGCACCCCCACUGGCCUCACCUGCAGACUUUAUAACCACUAGCUGCACAACCUGCAAUCGGGGUGCACAGUCUGCCAUCCAGGCCUGUGAGCCCCCCACCCUACCCCGGAAGCCCCCGGGGCUGGGAACGCCUGUGCCUUCCUGGGCAGAAGCCAAAUCCCCCUCCUUGCCCUGCAGCCCACCCCUCUGUAGCCCUGCUGGCCUGCCCGGAGCUGCCCUGGGGCUGGUUGGGCCUUCCUCGACCCUCUCCUUUUUUAUAUUGGUGUCUUUAAAGGGGACUCUUGUAGGACCCCACUAGUUGUGGGGUACUAGAGGCACAGGGCAUGGGACGGGGAGAUGCCAUGUUUCCUUGCAGAGGAGCCCCAGAUAAUAAAGGAAAAGGCCCCCCA